ACCAACGGUCAGACGGCCAUCUGUGCACGCAUCCCAAUCAGCAUUGAGUGGCGUGGGCAAGGACAAGACUUGGUCGCUUGAGCUCAACCAUGGGCUCACUGAGUGAGGUAAGCGUGACUCCAUGCGACAGCAGUCCGUGCAUAUUGUACAAGGGCGAGAACACUCGUGUGACAGUGAAAUUCACUACAAGUAGACGCAUCACGACCGGGACAUUCUUAUUUUCGGGAAUUAUUGACGGGCAAGAGAUACCGUUCAACCUGACGAAUUCCUACAUUUGUCCUUAUAUGCGACCCAGAUGUCCUCUCCGAGCCAAUGGAACCGUGUACACUUUCACUUAUUCGCUACCUGUCCAGGCGUCAUAUCCAUCAAUUACACUCCCAGUGGAUUGGAAAUUGAUUACCAACGGUCAGACAGCCAUCUGUGCACGCAUCCCAAUCAGCAUUGAGUGGCGUGGGCAAGGACAAGACUUGGUCACUUGAGUGUGUGGAUUUAACCAUUGGAAUACACCUAAU